AUGAAUUAAUAAUUGAAUCACAGAAUUGGCAAAGAACACAAAGUCGACAUCGCAGAACAAAGGAUACGCAACUUAUUCAACAUAGACAUACUCUAGAAUGUUCAAGUCAGGAGAACCUAGUUCAUUCAUUCCAUCCAUCCAAACCCUAAGUCCCUCAUCCAAGAAGGUUACAUCGUCCACUCCAUACCUCUCAGAAACUGCGAUAAGAUGAAGAUAUACAACUACCCCAGGGAGAAAAGAGAUCGCAGUCCGUUGCCGACAUGCACCGAUCAAAUCCCUCAAAUUACAUAGGAGAAAAUCUAAAGAAUAAUGACAACAGUAAAAAAAGAUAGAUCGAUGAAUAUCUCAAUUGACAAUCAAUCCAAUAUAGUGGCCAAAAUGCCAGCUUUCUACACCAAGCAUUAAUCCAAUAGUAAAACCUAAAAAUCUAUGUUAUCUACUGAAAGUUUCGCAAUUAGAAUUCGAUCGCUUAGCAAAGUCAAAGAUAACCUCCAAGACUCUUCCUAUUUCCAAUAGAGAUCGGCAACACCUUACAAAAAGUAAAGGCUCACCCAAUAUAAGCAGUUUUUGCAGUAACAAGUCAAUAACUUUUUGCAAGACUCUUACUUUAAUUGA